AUGUCAACACACGCGGAAGGAAAAUCUAUGCAAACACAGGCUGGUGUUGAAAACUUCGGUUACAACGCGGAUGCGCCAGUGAUUAAUUGCAGUGAAAGGUCUGACAGACUGUGUGUAGAAGAAAAUGCCUUCGAAGCACUGGAAAAAGACUUCCAAGAAGUCAUCAGUGAACUUAUGGGAGAUAAAAGUCUGGAGAAAUUCCGGAUAGAAUAUGAGAAGCUCCACACGGUUAUGAAGAAAUCCUACGAAAAUGAAAGGCGUCUCAUGUCAAAAUGCAGGGAGCUGAAUGCUGAGAUUGUGGUGAAUUCGGCUAAAGUGGCUGCAGCCCUGAAGCUCUCUCAAGAUGAUCAGACGACGAUAACAUCACUGAAGAGGGAGAUUGAAAAGGCCUGGAAAAUGGUGGAUGCAGCCUAUGACAAGGAGCAGAAAGCAAAGGAAACCAUUCUCUCACUGAAAGAGGAAAUUAUGAACCUGACUAAAUUAGUGGAGCAAGGAUCUGGAUUAUCACUGGGUCAAGAGCACAAUAUCCGGGAUUUGCUGAGGUUUAAGGAAGAAGUAACAAAGGAGCGAGACCAGCUCCUGUCAGAGGUUGUGAAGUUACGUGAAAGUCUAAUCCAAGCUACAGAGCAACAGCAAGAAACAGAGAGGGCAAAAAAUGAGGCGGAACAAAGCAUUGCUCAGUUCCAGCAGGAAAUCCAGAUGCGUCAGAAUGAGGCAUCCCGGGAGUCUCGAAAGAAGGACAAACUGGAGAAGGAGCUUAAACACAUUCAAGUGGAAAUGGACAACAAGCAGAGUGAAAUAAAGGCGCUGCAGCAGCAUGUGCUGAAGAACAAAGAAGAGCUCCUAAAACUGGAACAGCAGCUCAAGGAACAGAAGAUCCUGAAUGAAAGAGCUGCCAAAGAACUUGAGCAAUUUCAGACGAGAAACUCUAAACUCCAGCAAGAGAACGAGCAGCACAGCAUGGCCUUUGAACAAAUAACACAGGAGAACCAGCAGAAAACAGUGGAGCUGAAAAUGAGGGAGGAUGAGGUGACUCAGAUGCGUCAUGAAAUUUCAAAACUCUCCAAGGUAAGAGAAGUUAUCCAGAGAAAACUGCGUGUUGCAGAGGAACAAAAAGUUGAAGCAGAACACCAGAGGGAUACCCUAAAAAACCAAAUCUCUGGACUAGAGAGAGAGUUGGAGAUUGCUAAAAGACAGGUAGAAAUUGAUAAGAAAGCCAUAGAUGAGCUGGUGAGAGAAAGGGACAUAUUAAACAAGAACUUGCUUAAGGCUGCCAGUGUCACUCAAAAGCAGCUGAACCUGGUGAAGCUCCACGAACAGUCCAAGAGGAACUUGGAAGAAGAAAUUCAGAACUAUAAGGAUGAGGCUCAGAAGCAGAGGAAGAUCAUCUACCAGCUGGAAAAAGAGAGAGACCGUUAUAUCAAUGAAGCUAGUGAACUCACCCAGAAGGUCCUCCAGCACAUGGAAGAUAUCAAAGUGCGGGAAAUGCAGAUCUUUGACUACAAGAAGAAGAUAGCAGAGGCUGAGACUAAAUUAAAACAGCAACAGAAUCUGUAUGAAGCCGUGAGAUCAGACAGGAACCUAUACAGUAAAAAUCUGAUUGAAGCUCAGGACGAGAUCACUGAAAUGAAGAAAAAACUGAAGAUCAUGACUCAUCAGGUUGAUCAGCUUAAAGAAGAGAUCACAGCCAAAGAGGCAGCUCUUGUGAAAGUACAUAUGGAACAUCAACGAAUAGAAAAGGAAAAGGAAGCUCUGAAGGCUGAGCUGCUUAAAAUGAAACAACAAGCCCUGGAGACCAAACACUUUAUUGAAAAACAGGAGGCAGAAGAGAGAAAACUCCUGAAAAUUAUUGCUGAGGCUGAUGCCGAGAGGCUGAGGCAGAAGAAGGAAUUAGACCAGGUUAUCAGCGAGAGAGACAUCCUGGGGUCACAGCUUGUUCGGCGCAAUGACGAAUUAGCUCUGCUUUAUGAAAAGAUCAAAAUCCAGCAGUCCAUCCUAAACAAGGGGGAGACUCAGUACCGGCAGAGAAUGGAAGACAUUCGACUCCUCAAGCUGGAGAUCAAGAAACUUCGGCGGGAGAAGGGAAUACUUUGCAAGAGCGUGGCUAAUGUGGAGGAACUCAGGCAUAUUCUUUCCUGGUGGGAAAACAUUGUCAUUUGCUGUACAAUCACUGGGGGACUUCUAAAGAAACAGAGCUGUGUUUCCAGCAGGCAGGAGGUUUAUCACAUGCAGAAGGAGCUACUGAAGGAACGAACUCGAUGCAGAGCCCUAGAGGAGGAGCUGGAGAACCCCAUGAAUGUUCACAGAUGGAGAAAAUUGGAGGCCAGUGACCCGAGUACCUAUGAAUUGAUACAGAAGAUACACACACUACAGAAACGGCUCAUCAGUAAGACAGAAGAAGUGGUUGAGAAAGAAUUGCUUCUUCAGGAAAAGGAAAAGCUGUAUGUAGAGCUGAAGCACAUCUUGGCCCGGCAGCCUGGGCCCGAAGCGGCAGAACAGUUGCAGCUCUACCGACACACCCUCCGAGAGAAGACCAAGCAACUGAAAGUUUUGUCUUCAGAACUGAACAUGUAUGAGUCACAGAGUCAAGAGUACAAGUAUGAAAUAGAGAGACUGGGCAAUGAGCUCCUGAAUGUGAAGAAGAAAUACCUAACCCAGAAACGCAAGGAACAGCAGACCAAGGAUAAGGAGCGAGUGUUGGCUAACAUGGAGCAGGAGUAUCCAACGCAGAGAAUGGACGUUCCUCGUUUCACUGGGGGAGGCUUUGCUCUCACCAAGCAGCCGCCCAAGGUUAUGGCCUAA